CUGUGACCAGUCUGAGUCCCUCCAACAUCUGAGUGGUCAUCGUGUGCUUGGUGACCACUCCUGCCCACAUGAUGAUAUUAAGAUCAAGAUCAAGAUCACGACUAAAGGAUGAACGACAUCGACAGCCAGACUGAUCUUUCCAAUCGAGGACCAUACACGAGGAUCCACAUGUCGCAUGAAGACGACGAACCUAGGGGUUUUUCUAAUACCGCAGGAAGUGAUAAUGAGGCUGAAGCCCAAAUGGCCGAUCUUGGCACCAAUUUCCAUGAAGCAAAAUGGAGAAGGUUUCGUGGGUUCUACCGAGACCAGUACCUCGACCUGUACAAAAGCACUUAUGAGAGUGCGGAGCGACAUUUCGAAUCACAACAGCUCCCUUCAACACAAUUGGGCGUCGUGUACUGGAACUCUGAUGAGAAGGCCAGAUUAUACGAGGGCUUAACCCGCAAGGGAAGGCAUGACUUGCCGGCUCUAUCGCGCUUUGUGGGCACCAAAUCAGUGCUUGAGAUCGCCGCAUAUCUAGACUGGAUCAAACAACAAGAGACUGACAGACAACUCUUUGAGCGUCGGACAAGAAACAUUUCCCAAGCUGAUAUCCCUGCAGCGAUCGAAAUUGGUGUUGAAUGCGAAGAACAUCUCAACAAAGCAGCGGACGCACUCUCGGCUUUCCAAGAGCAUUUCGACUACGCAGCAGGCCAGCGAAGCAAUAGAUUGUGGCUCAUUGACAAGGAAAAAGCCACCGGGCUGGAUGCUGCGUGCGAAAAAUUGGACAAAGACCCCUUCGGGCCUCAAGAUGUCAGUGAGGAUGCAUCUUCUGGCUCCAAAACGGAGCUGUUUCAUCUUGCCAAAUUUCUUGAAUUGAGCGAAAAGAUAUUCAUGGUGGAAGAGCUUAACAAUGCUGCAGAAAUCCAGGACGUCAUCCUGGAAACUGGGGAAACUCCAUCGAUGACGGUGGAUGUCGUCAACGAUCUGUACGAUAUUGUUGUAAACCUCACCCGAAGACUGAUCCAGUCCAUCCUGUUUCUCGCCCAGUCUCGGCUCAAGGCGACUACAACUGCACAAUCUCAAAGCUCUCAACUUGUUAGACACGAAGACGUCAUCGCUGCAGCUAAUAUCCUGAAAAUGGAGGAAAAUUCCUGGGAUUACUGGAAGAGGUUGCCUAAAAGACGCGGGCUGGCAGUGUUUGAGACAGCGGCUAGAAUGAAGCGCAAGGGGACGAAAGCCAUGAGCUACGGCGAAGUCGAAGAAGCACUGUCUGGACGCAGGCUGCGAAUGUGGGAGUCGUCGUCACCAAGCUCGGCCUAUUCCAUCUCGCCGAACCCGAGUAAAGGAGCUCCUUCAGACGAUGACAAUGAUCAACCGCACUACUCCGCUGAUCGCGAAGACGAAGAACUGGAAACUUCGGAUGAAGGUGUCACCAAUUCCGAUUACGAUGAUUCAAAUGAUUCAGAUGAGACAGAUGUCGACUCGCAGUCAAACAUGGAGGAGGAGAUUCAACCCCAGUCUCGCCCGACGCCACUGCAAAGACUGGAGCGCCUCCAGGAGGAAGAGAGUGAAUAUUUGGAACGCAUCGACCAGGAAGAACGACAACGGGACGAAACGAAAAUAUUUGAACUACUGGGUAUCAAGUCUGAAAGGCCUGUCAAAAUGGAGACUCCGGUGGCGGUUAUGGGGCGGCCAAAGGUGCUCAGGAAGACUGCUGAAGACAUCCAAGGUUGGUCUGCCAUUUAUCAAGCAGAAUGGGAAACCCAAGGCAACGAAGACCAAGACGAAGACGAAUUGCGUGACACCAAGAGGAGAAAGACGGGACCGGUAGUGUGAUUGUGAAUCAGGUUACUUGACUGGGUCAUCUCAGAACACAGAAAAGAAAGAGACAUCAUAUUGUCCGAGGCAGGCACUUGAACAAUGGUGACUGCCUGGUGAAUUGGAACACGCAAUUUAAGCUUAACAUCAAGGUUGCAGUAGCGCCGGAUCUCCCCAUAUGAGAUUCAGCCUGGGAAGGCACGCCUGCAAAUCGUAAACAAAACCCGAAGCUUCCAAUUUCACAAGACAAAC